AAUCUUCGUUAAGCUGGAUAAACAGCGACCACUUACACCGCCGACUCCGCCCCACCCAAUUCAACUCUUCAAAUCACCUCAUUUCCUACAAAUUCAACCCCCCUUCACCUCCAUCCUUCCACAAAUCUUUGAUUCUCCCUAAUUUUCCAAUUAUGCAGACCUCUGCUAUCGUAUUCAACACAAAACCAAUUUUAGCCUCCAUCAAUUCCACCAACCAUACUAAACAAAGCUCUACCUCUGCUCUCUCUACACCCAAUUUUAAUCGGAGACUGUUAAACAAGGCCAUUACUUACCACCCGCCCAAGAAUGGUUGCCGCAGACGCUUGUGUUCCGUUACCAGUCAGACAAGUAGAAGACUUUCUUCCGAGUUCAAAGAACUAGCACCUCGUUCACAUUCGCUAGCUAAUUUAAAACGAGUAUCUUGCUUCCAUUCUUACAAUAGAAAGAAAAUUGGAGUGAAGAGAUUCACCGCUGGAUUCUUUGCUGACAAGUCGACCUUUCCUCUUACAAAGAACCUACCAGAUAAUACUGAAGUAAGAGAACUUCAAGUUCCCCAUGCCUCUGUGGGCCCUGAAGAGCCACAUGCCGCAAGUACCACCUGGCCUGAUGGUGUUACAGAGAAAUCUGGUUUGAGUAUAGAAGACACCGAAGCAGAGAGAAUAGAAUUUGAAAAUUUCUUAAGGUUUGAGAUUCCUUCUCACCCAAAAUUGCACAGAGGACAACUGAAAAAUGGGCUCCGCUAUCUUAUUCUGCCAAAUAAAGUCCCUCCUAAUAGGUUUGAAGCUCACAUGGAAGUCCAUGUUGGAUCAAUCGACGAGGAAGAUGAUGAGCAAGGAAUUGCUCAUAUGAUUGAACAUGUUGCAUUCCUUGGAAGUAAGAAGCGUGAGAAACUUCUUGGAACUGGAGCAAGAUCUAAUGCUUACACAGACUUCCAUCACACAGUGUUUCACAUUCACUCACCAACUAGUACACAGGCUGAAGGUGAUUUGCUGCCAGUUGUCCUGGAUGCUCUUAAUGAGAUUGCGUUUCACCCCAAGUUUCUUUCUUCUCGGGUUGAGAAAGAAAGGCGAGCAAUUUUGUCAGAGCUACAAAUGAUGAACACCAUAGAGUACCGUGUUGAUUGCCAGUUGUUGCAAUACUUGCACUCUGAGAACAAGCUGAGCAAAAGGUUUCCUAUCGGAUUGGAGGAACAGAUUAAGAAAUGGGAUGCGGAUAAAAUCAGGAAGUUCCAUGAGCGUUGGUAUUUUCCAGCAAAUGCAACAUUAUAUAUCGUUGGGGACAUUGAUGACAUUCCAAAGACAGUGAACCACAUUGAAGCAGUUUUUGGCAAGAUUGGCAUGGAAAAUGAGGCACCUGUCCCAUCUACGCCAAGUGCUUUUGGUGCGAUGGCCAGUUUCCUUGUUCCUAAGCUGACAGGUGGACUGUCUGGUGGUUUAUCUCAGGAAAGGUCAUCUGUUUCCCUGGAGCAAACAAAAAAUCCCAGAAGGGAGAGGCAUGCUGUUCGCCCUCCAGUUCAGCAUAACUGGUCCAUUCCUGAAAGCUAUACAGAAGCUAACCCUCCCCAGAUAUUUCAGCAUGAAUUGCUUCAGAAUUUCUCAGUCAACAUGUUCUGUAAGAUCCCAGUCAACAAGGUCCGUACAUUUGGCGAUUUGCGGAAUGUGCUGAUGAAGAGAAUAUUUCUUUCUGCUUUGCAUUUCCGCAUUAAUACAAGAUACCAGAGUUCCAAUCCCCCAUUUACCGCGGUCGAAUUGGACCACAGUGACUCAGGAAGAGAAGGCUGUACUGUUACAACACUUACGGUGACUGCAGAACCUCGGAAUUGGCAAAAUGCAAUUAAAGUUGCUGUGCAGGAGGUUAGAAGGCUCAAAGAAUUUGGUGUGACCAAUGGUGAAUUAGCCCGGUACCUAGAUGCCCUAUUAAAAGACAGCGAACAGUUGGCUGCUAUGAUUGAUAAUGUGUCAUCGGUGGAUAAUUUAGACUUCAUUAUGGAAAGUGAUGCACUUGGUCAUACUGUGAUGGAUCAGAGACAAGGACAUGAGAGUUUGGUUGCUGUUGCUAGCACAGUUACCCUUGAGGAGGUCAACUCUGUUGGUGCGGAGGUGUUGGAGUUCAUAUCUGAUUUUGGUAAACAAUCCGCACCGUCCCCUGCAGCUAUUGUUGCAUGUGUUCCAAAGAAAGUGCACGUUGAUGGAAUUGGUGAAACUGAAUUCAAGAUAGAACCGGAAGAGAUCUUGGCUGCUAUUGAAGCUGGUUUAAAGGAACCCAUAGAAGCUGAGCCCGAGCUUGAAAUACCCAAGGAGUUGGUAUCAUCAGAAAAUCUGCAGGAGCUGCUUUUGCAGCGGCGCCCAUCAUUUGUUCCUCUUGACCAAGAAAAGAAAAUGACAAAGGUUUAUGAUCAAGAUACAGGAAUAGUUCAGAGAUGUCUUUCGAAUGGAAUUCCAGUGAAUUACAAGAUUUCCAAAAACGAAGCCAAUUGUGGUGUCAUGCGACUCAUUGUCGGUGGUGGACGCGCAGCUGAAACUGCUGAAGCUAAGGGAGCGGUUAUUGUUGGCGUUCGUACUCUGAGUGAAGGAGGUCGUGUGGGAAACUUCUCUCGUGAACAGGUAGAACUUUUCUGUGUGAAUCAUCUGAUCAAUUGCUCCCUUGAGUCAACCGAGGAAUUUAUAAGCAUGGAGUUCCGCUUUACUUUAAGAGAUAAUGGAAUGCGUGCUGCUUUCCAAUUACUUCAUAUGGUGCUUGAGCAAAGUGUUUGGUUGGAAGAUGCAUUCGACAGAGCAAAGCAGUUAUACCUGUCUUAUUACCGUUCUAUCCCUAAAAGUUUAGAGCGUUCUACUGCCCACAAGCUCAUGCUUGCCAUGCUGGGUGGAGAUGAACGAUUUGUUGAGCCCACUCCAAACUCAUUACAACACUUGACACUUGAGCAAGUUAAAAAUGCGGUGAUGCGCCAAUUUGUUAGUGACAACAUGGAGGUGAGUAUUGUUGGGGAUUUCACUGAAGAGGAUAUCGAGUCUUGUAUAUUGGAGUAUCUGGGUACAGUGGGAGAAAGAAGGGGUUCUGAGGGACCACAAAAGUAUAGCCCAAUCGUAUUUCGACCAUACACUGCUGAUCUGCAGCAUCAACAAGUAUUCUUGAAGGACACAGAUGAGCGAGCAUGUGCAUAUAUUGCUGGACCUGCUCCCAAUCGCUGGGGGUUUACUUUUGAGGGAAAGAAUCUUCUUGAGUCAGUUAUCAAUGUCUCUGCAUUUGGUGAACAUCUAAAAUCUGAAGACCAGCACAGUAAGUUGGAAAAUGCUGUCCAAGGAAAACUACGUGCUCACCCACUAUUUUUUGCCAUCACAAUGGGUUUGUUGCAAGAGAUCAUAAAUUCCAGGCUCUUUACAACAGUCAGGGAUUCUCUUGGACUGACAUAUGAUGUGUCAUUUGAACUAAACCUGUUUGAUCGGUUGAAACUCGGGUGGUAUGUAAUUUCAGUGACAUCAACCCCUGAAAAGGUACAUAAAGCUGUUGAUGCUUGCAAGAAUGUCCUAAGAGGUCUUCACAGUAACCAGAUUGCCCCAAGAGAGUUGGACAGGGCAAGACGAACACUGCUUAUGCGCCAUGAAGCUGAAAUCAAGUCAAAUGCAUAUUGGCUAGGAUUGAUGGCACACUUGCAAGCAACAUCUGUCCCAAGAAAGGAUAUAUCUUGCAUCAAAGAACUGAUAUCUCUAUAUGAAGCUGCUACUAUUGAAGAUGUAUACAUUGCAUAUGAGCAGUUGAAGAUAGACGAGAAUUGCUUGUUCUCUUGCAUCGGAAUUGCUGGGUCUCAGGCCGGUGAACCUGUCACAGUUUCCCCUGAAGAUAUAGAAUUGCCUGGGGGGCUCCACAAUGUAAUUCCCGUUGGACGAGGUUCAUCAACGAUGACACGUCCAACAACAUGAAGUUUUUCUUGAGACAUGUCAAAAAAGGUUGAAACUUUCAUGGGAAGGGUUGCUCGGACUGGAGCCCGAUGUGCAACAACGGAGAUAAAAGAAGCUGAGGAACUGCCUUAGAUCUCCCACUUCAGGCAGAGCAGCUGCUGAUGUGUCUUUGAACCUUGAUUUAAUGGAUGCAAACAAAACAUAAUUUCUUUAAAAAGCUCACUAAAGUAGAGGAUCAUAGUGGUUAUACACAUCUCUUUAGAGAUGGUUAGAUGACUGGAUUUUUAUCCUGUUAGGAUAUGUAACAUUGUGAAUAGUGUAAGAGAUCACAUCCAUUCUUAUACUUGAUAGUGUACUCGAAUAAUAUAGUACCCAUUCCUAUUGAAAUGGAAAGCACAAUCUUCUUUCUUA